UCCUGCUUAACAGAUUCCUCAGCCAGCUGAACAUGUCAGCAGAAUCUCACGAUGCCCUGCAGCUAUUCAGAUCAGCUCUCGCUUCUUCUCUACCUCCCACACUCCUCACAGCAGCUUCCGAGCCUGCCCCAAGUCUCAGGUUAGCAGCCUACAUUUCCUUUGCGCAAUCAACUUCGGAGCCCAUCAAUCUCGUCAAGGAUUACGCUACGCGAUACGCUAAAUCAGAUACGAAGGAUGGCUUCUAUACCGCUGCACAGAUCUAUCUGGCGUGGUCUGAGCGAGCUAGUGCUGUCAGAGAUUACUUGAUCAAAGGUCAGGCAGAGGGUGUUGGUUAUGUCAGUGUAACGGAUAGGAGAUUCGUGUUGGACUAUCUGAACGGGGGCAAUGACGAGCAAGGAAGAGUUGUGCCGCUUAGUAACGAUGCGGGACCAGGCAGUUCAAUGACUCUACCAUCUGGUGCCGAUGCUCUGCCUGCUUCUCUCGAAUCCGAAGCGGGUCCCUCAAAGGUCUCUCAGCCGGCCAAGCGGAAGUACGAGGUCAAUAGGGCCGACCUUGAGUUCUGCAAGAAGUUGCGAUCAGAAGUCGUCGAGCUUCGAGAUAGAAAUAGCGUCUUGAGAGCAUCGCAAGGGGGCAAGGUCCACAGCUUUGAGUCGUUCGUCAAAGGCGUCAUGGCAGAGAAGAUACGAGCGUUGAGAAAAUCCAUGGAAGCUCCAAGUGGUCGUGGCGUAGCGCCGCAGAGUCAAGCGUCAACAGAUCCAUCACGCGGACCACGCAAAGCCAAGCAAUCCAACCCUAUCAUCAUGAUCUCGUCGUCGCCUACGGCACUGAUAACGAUGUGGAAUGUCCGCAGAUUCUUGGAGCAGGGAAUUUUUGAACCCUCCGAUGUGGCCAGACAGAGAGAGAUGUCGCAGGGCAACGUCAAAUCAGAGGACAUGAUCCCCAUCAUGAGGAAGAAGAGCGGUCCAGCAGGAGAUAUCACGAGCAAGUAUUAUGUAGUAGAUGGCGUGGAGGCUUUACAGAAGUUUGGACAAGACGCAUGGGACCGAGUCAUCUGCGUUCUCACUACCGGUCAAGCCUGGCAGUUCCGUCCGUACAAGUGGCAGGACCCAAAAACUCUAUUCAGGCACGUCAAAGGCGUGUAUUUCCAGUGGAGCAACGAUCCAACCAAUCCUGCUGUCAGAGAUUGGAAUGUCCAGGAGCUGAGGAUCGACCGACUAAAGCGCCAUCUUGAUCAGCAAGUCGUUGCCGACUUUUGGCGUUCGCUUGAGAGCGUUAAAAGGAGAUGAGCCAUUGAGAGAGUUGAGCAAAGAGCAUGAUGCGUAAAUGCAUGAUUGACGUUCAGAGG